GUGACUUGGUGAUUGUCGUAUGCGCUCGCCAUCCAGUCAGCCAGCACUCUUCGUACGAAUGUUCAAUUGAACCGAGUGCACGAACGAAUGUGUGUGAAUGUGUAUGUGUGAGUGUGUGUGUGUUUGUAUGUAUUUAAGUGUCGUGUAUGUGUUGAAGCAACAUCACUGGCCCCUCUCACUCAUCGACCGAAUCUAAUAUGUUUGUCAAUUUUCAGCUGAAAAUGCAUUUUCAUGCGUUCUCAAAAAAAAAAAUGAUUCAAAUGGUGAAGUUCUCUUUCCUUAAUUUUGUGAAUAAUCACAAUUCGAUGUUAAAAACAAUGGUGUUAUUUCAUGAGAGGUCCGGCUGAGGGCGAGCAGUCCGACGCUUCGUUUGAAAUGUCGAGUUUUACGUACAUUGCCACUCACACAAGCGCACACAUACGUUCACUUAUUGCGAUGGAUGUUAUGUAUGUCAUUCGAACGAAAUCAGAGCGAUGUGCUUCGGUGUGCUGUGUGAGCAACUCUUCGCAACAGUCUUUGCAGAGAUAGUAUACACAAGGGUGAAGAGGUUGCCAGUCGUAUACGAUUCAUACAUAAAUAUAUAUCCAAUUGUUGGUUGAGUGCGAAAAGCAAGGAACGGGCGAAAAAAAUAAAUAUUGAGUCACACCCUAGACCAAAAAAUCCUCUAUACAGAUUUUUGACUGUGGCACCCAUAACUAGAGACAGAGUGAAAACGUUCAUUAUCCCGAUACGUAUGCGAGUCGUGUAACAAACGCGCGCGCGAUAGAGUAGUGUAUGGUGAAUUAAAAUAUUCAGAAUCUAUAAAAAAAAAAUUCUUCAUUCUGUUUUUAUUUGUGUGUUGUUUCGAUUGUCAUUACCCAACGACGAUAUACAAACCACGGAGACGCAGAUAUCCUGUACGAACGAAUACUGAAUGGACAAUUUUUGUUUUUUUCAUUCGAAAGAAUUAUUAUUAUUCUAUUCUGUGGUUUUACUGCGACUGCAUCUUUCAUAAGUGUGUGAUUGUGAUGUUUCAUAAAGUGUGCAUUAAACUGCAUUGAAUACACAAUUUUGGAGCAACAAGAAGUCCAAAGAGAGUGAAAUGGUCGCAAUAUUGUUUGAGUUCGGGUGUGACGAGUAAGCUAUGAUUUAAGUAAGCCAAUUGAGUGUGGGCGACCGAAUACUGAUACUUGACGCAUGAAUAUGAGGUCUUCAUAUAAUUGGUUUAGUUUUCAUUGGACAACCAUAACGAUCAAUUAUCAUCGUAGAGGAGGAAAUUUCUGUAGUAAAAAUGAAUUCCGUAUUUUCGGCAUUUAAAAGUAGCAAAUCCGACGGCAGCAUACAAUCAAAUAAGGGGAAAAAACCGCUCGGUGGUGGUGGUCCGGUCAACAGUAGUAGCUAUGCAAAUCUAAGGCAUAUACGUGAAAUUGGUUCUAGUGUAAAGAUGAGCUCAUUUGUUGGCCACAAUGAUGAUGACGAUGAAAUCGCUCCGAAUUUGCGGCUAACCAAAUGUACAACACUGCAAUCGUCGUCGUCGGCAGUUGCGACCACAACAUCAUCAACGCCCUCAUCGCCAUCCACAUCGUCGACAUCGUCAUCGUCAAUGGAACAAAUCAUUCCACAAUCAACAAUCAAAACAAAUACAACACACCAAAAUGACUGCGACAGCAGCAGCAGCAACAUCAACACGAGGAGUGCUCACUCCGAAUCAAGUCGUGUAAAUAUUGACAAAGGUAUCGUUUUAACGACAAAUGACACAACAACGGUCAUCGUACACGAGCACCAACACGCCUCAUCAGCAAUUCCAAUAAAUUCCCAGUCAGUAGCCAGCUACAUGCAAAGCAACAUUCCGUCAAAUGGCACACAGGUAACGGAUGGUAUCGCAGAUCAUAGUUUGAGAGAUAGCGAAAAUAAAGAGAACACCGACAUAACCAACCCGUCCAAAAAUACGUCCGAUUUAGCGUGUCUUAACGACUCAUCAACGAUUGUGUCCAAUGGUACGGACAUUUCAGGCAAACAUCAUGUGCACAGCACUUAUACCACGGUCGUUCAAAUGAUGAGCGGCGGCAGCAACAACACCAUCAGCAAUGAGAAGCACACACCGAUUUUAUCGGCUGCAUCAAAUAAGAAACUGAAUAAUAGGCACAAUGUAUCGACUGCUCCAACCGCAGCAUCGGCGAAAAGUACUAGUAGUAAUCGGUUUUAUAAACGCCUUAGUCUCAGCGGUAUAAGUAGUAAUCCAUUGCCAUCGGUUCAUGGCCGAUCCACAUCCAAUUCACAAAACAACGGCAAUGGCAAUUGUGGUUCCGGUGAGACAAAACGUACCAGAAUAUCGACACAUCAACGAAAUCUUAGUCUGGACUUUAGGUCUAUGGGCAUAUUAUUGCCGCCAGUUUCGCAAGUAACAAACACAAGAAUCAAUUUAACGCAACAUCAUCGAAAUCGCAGCCUUGACAGUGCACUUCAGAGAAUCCCAGAGGUCGAAGUUUCAUCCCCGAAUGCUGAAUCUGAGAAUAUUCUGUGCACAAAUUCGAUAUUGGGCACGACAAUGUGUAGCAAAGUCGCACCAUCAUCUUCAACCAAUCCAAAUAAUACGCCAAUAGCUGUGUGCAGUAAAGUCAGCGUUAUCGGUUCAUGUCCAACAAGGAGCAACAAUUCCGCGAACGCGAAUAGUGUGGAUAAAGUCAAGUGUGAUGUUACAAGUAGUGGCGAUAGUAAUACAAAGAAACGAGAAGAUUUGACGAGUUUAGGAUCCGAUGAUUCGGGUAUAAUUUGUAGUUCAGAAACGGAUCAAGCCUCGUUGACGAGAAUGCGACGAUCGCGAGAAAGUCUUGACUCGGGCGAAAUGGAUCCCGAAGAAGAGUGCAUCGAAAUUUUGGAGACCACGUCCAUGGACGAGGAAUACAAAACGCUGCAGUCCGAUUUAGCAUUUUAUGCCGCUUCCGAUGAUGACAAACAAGCAUUAAAAUUGAAUAAACAAAGCAAAAGUGCUGGCCACGCGAUGGCGACAACGAUGACGAUGACGAUGACCAACGACACAACCAUCGACGAUAAGUGCAAGUACAGAGAGCAAAAUAUGAGUCAUCUAGCCAAAUUUAUGGAAAAGCGUAGCCAAAAAAUCUUCGUUCCAAUCGAAUUUGAGGAUGAUAUUAUCGAAACGAAUCCCAAUACAGCUUCCACACCGUCGGCCAGUGACCAAGUGUCGACGCCAUCAUCUGAGCAGCCAGCACAAAAAUCCGAAACUAGUGCAAAGGGUGCAAAAUCACCGAAAGCCGACAAUGAGUCAAGCGAUCCAGUCAAAUCGGAGCACAUUAAAAAUGAUCAAGUGAUUUUCAAGAACAUUUUCGGUGCUACAAAAAAUGCAAUUUUUCGCACGGCGCAAAGUAUAAUCGAAAAUCAUGAAAAGAAAAACGCACAAAAGAAUAAUAAAAGCGAAUCGGAUGAACAAAAUCAAACAAAGCAAUCGGGUGAAUUGUCGAAGAAAAAGGAUUUUUUCACACUUAAACCAUGCUCCAAAAAUAAGUCAGCGGCAGCAGCAGCAACAAUGGUCACGACAUCCGCUGAAACAACGCCCGAAAGCGAAACCGUACAAUUGCCAAAAUCCGUUUCAGCGUUGACAUUCACCGCCAAAGAUAAGGAAAAAGUGAAGGUGCCUGGAGUCGUUAAAUGUUUCAUCAAGUCAAACAAAGAAAUGGAACAAUCUACCAUAUCGCUUCCGAAAAUUGAAAACGGUCACAACGGGCUACUGAGAUUUUUCGAAUCGCCCAUUUUCAACAUUCAUUUCGGCAUUCACUAUUUGUUCUAUUCGAAGGAGCCGGGCGUGCUCAGUUUCAUCGGAAAUAAGAUUUUCAGUUUCAAAGAUCAAGAUGUGGAUCUGUACAUUCCGCAACUCAUACUGAUGUACAUUCAAAUGGACGAUUUGGCCGAGGCUCUCGACCCCUACUUAGUGUAUCGAUGCCGGAAGGCAGCCGAUUUUUCACUAAAAUGCUCAUGGUUGUUAGAAGCAUACAAUUACAGCUUCGAUUCGUUUCCAUCGCAGCGUUCGAGCGAUAAAAAGUCCCAUCUCAGUUUAAUCAAAGAACUGUAUCCGAAACGUGAUCGAAAGCAGUUGCGUGCGGACGAUUCAACCGAAAAAUCGGAUGUCAAAGAAUUGAAAGAUUUGCAUUCACCCAUCAAGAAAACUCAUCAUCGAUCUCAAUCAGACGCAACUGGUUUGCUGACACUAACACCAAAACUGUUCCAAACACCGGUACGACUGUGUUUGGGCGAUCUAUCAACCGGGCGAGCAUUCGAUAAUGGUUGUACGUGUUUUGAGUCUGUGCGCGGCACGGUCAACGAUCUGUUGGGCAACAAAACCAUUUGUACAUGCGGUGCACCAAAGUUGGCGGCUCAACGUGAAUUUGUUAAAUCGCUCAUCGAUAUCGGCCGUAAUUUAACCCAUUUACCAUCGAAAACGGAGAAAACGAGCAUUCUUCGCAUGCGGCUGAAUUUAAUUAAUAAAAAUCUACCGGCUCGUGUAUGGCUUCCACUCAACUCCGAUAUUCCACAUCACAUCGUUCGGAUUAAAGAGGAAAAAACCGCAGUACUCAAUUCAAAAGAUAAAACUCCCUACAUCAUCUAUGUCGAAGUGGUUGAGGUUAGUGAUAUUUAUACAUCACCAGUGAUUCCAAAACUUAUGCCAUCGCUGAGGCAUACGAAGAGUGAAGAGCAUCUUGACUCGAAUAUGAGUGUGUCGCCGAUCCAAAGCGAUUUAUCGUCGAAAGAGAACAGCAACGGCAACGGCAACACACUGAAAACAUCGCACACCAAUUUAGAUGUAAACAAAUACUGGCAAGAGUAUGGUAUCAGCGAUGAUGAUGCGUGGUUGCCGGAAGAUGAUGAAAUUACCGCUCAAUAUUUGAACAUGCACAAAAUUGCUGACCGAGAUUCAGUGUCCCAAAUGUCGCUUGAUUCCAUUGAUUCACGAGAACAGAGCGUAUCGGGUCCGGUUGUAUUCAAUAUUGGUGAUGUGCGGACGAGGCAUACAAACAAUUUGAAUAUUGAGAAUACAAAACCAUUCUUCGGGGAUCCGGAAGAUCCAUCGGCUGCUGCAUUGAAAGAGCCUUGGCAUGAGAAAGAACGGCAAAUUCGCGAAUCAUCACCCUACGGCCAUUUGUCCAACUGGAGACUACUUUCAGCAAUUGUCAAGUGCGGAGACGAUCUUCGGCAGGAAUUAAUGGCUACACAACUAUUGGAGAUUUUCAAAUUGAUUUGGCAAGAGGAGGAUGUCAACCUAUGGGUACGGCCGUACAAAAUCGUUUGCUUAUCGAAUGACAGUGGACUCAUUGAGCCCAUUCUAAAUACCGUGUCCUUGCAUCAAAUCAAGAAAAAUUCGAACAAAAGCCUACGAGACUAUUUUAUCGAUGAGUAUGGCAGCGUGGAAACGGAAAGUUUUAAAAUGGCGCAAUACAAUUUUAUGCAAAGUUGUGCCGCUUAUUGUUUGAUUUCAUACUUAUUGCAAGUCAAAGACCGACAUAACGGCAACAUUUUAUUACAUUCCGAUGGCCAUUUAAUACACAUCGAUUUCGGAUUUAUCCUGAGCAUUUCGCCAAAGAAUUUAGGUUUUGAGCAAUCGCCUUUUAAACUGACACCAGAGUUUGUUGAUGUAAUCGGCGGACUAGAAUCGCCGCUAUGGACUGAAUUCCAGCACUUAUUACUCAAAGGUUUGAUGGCUGCACGAAAGCACAUGGACCGAGUCAUAAACAUCGUUGAAAUAAUGCGAAGCAGUGCGCAAUUGCCGUGUUUCAAAAAUGGUUGCGCCGGAACCAUUCGCAACUUACGAAAUCGCUUUCAUAUGAAUUUAACUGAACAGGAGCUGGAAAAGAAAUUGGAUCAAUUAGUGCAAGAUUCACUAAAUUCACUCUCAACCAAACUAUACGAUGGGUACCAAUAUUUAACGAAUGGAAUUUUGUGAGAACGAUUUUUCAUGAAGAUUUAAACAUUACAUGUAUGAGAAACCGAGAAAAAAAUGAGAUGAAAUUAAUAACACGGUGAUUAGCUUCGUAAAUUAAAUAUUGUACAAUGAGAACUGUGUGUGUGUAUGGAAGGGGUUGCAAUGGUUCUGUUUGCGUGUGCAUGCCCGAUGUAGCAAUAAGAAGGUAGCUUGCUUAACAUAUCGAAACAAAAAAACAAACCAAACUGUUCAAAGAGAAAAGAAACAAAAUACAAACAACAAUUAAAUUCCAAACGAUAAAAUACAAAA